CCAAGCAGGAAGUCGGGAAAUAACCUUGGGAGGAUAAACGCGGUGGACUGAUUAUGUCUGGGACCAGAUCACAGCAUUUGUCAGACAGAUUAUAAUUAAGCAGUAGUGUUUCAACUCAUGCGCAAAGCAGCUAUCUUUGGCUGUUACGCGUCUUGAUUUAUACGCUUGUCUUUGCGCAUUUUAGUGCUAUGAAUUAUGAUACACUGGCUCAGGUGUAUUGGUGGUACAAUUGAGAACCCAGUGUUUGGAGUUAAAGUCAUUGAUUAAUCUGAUUUAUUGUGUCAGAGCACAAAGCCUUGUCUGCUUCAUCUAGAGCGCCCGCCCAUUGGGCUUUCUGCGGAGCGAUAGUAGGAGAUUGAUUAUAGUCUCCGGGAUUUGCCGUGGAGCCAGAGCCUGCUUGGACUGCUCUCCCAUCAGUGAAAGAGAGGAGAAUCUUAGCAAGGACCUAUUUCAGCCGGACUCCACACCGACAGCACUCUCAGAUCCCCUGUACACAUUUAGCCUGCCUGUCUGCAAUCAGGUUUUUAUAAUACGCGCAAGUCACGCUGGACUUUCGUCUUUUACCGAGGAGGCUGCGAGUGUGAAUCGCCUCCGCAGUCUCGGAUGCGUAGUAAAGGGGGAGUGGGUUGGGUCGCCUAGGCGCCUGGCAUACACACACGUCGUCAGCGAUUUAAAAAAUAAAAAAAAAUAAAAGAAGGAAGAUAGGUGAGGGUGAAAGCGAGGGGAAGCAACACCCGGGGCUUUUUUAAUCAGGAGGACACCGAAGAGGUGAGUCGGACACUGACAAACCGCCGGACUCACCGGCUGUGGAUCUGACUCUCAAGACAGGCACCGACCGCUUUUGUCGCCCGGGAUUCGUACUUCUUUCUCAUUCAUGACCAGCGGUUAACCACACUGUCAAGCCCGAGCAGACACCCCCUCCUCCUCCUCUGAAGGGAAUAUUACAAGUGAAUCUGCGGGGCAACACACAAUGGCAACCGAUGCGCUCCUUCUUGCCUGUGCGCUGCUUGCCGGUGUUGCCGUGGCUCAGAGAGUGGUAACUGUGCAAAGUGGACCGCUGGUACGGACUGAGGGCUCUCACGUAACCAUCUUGUGCAACGUGACGGGCUACAAAGAGGGGGUGCAGCAGGACUUUGAGUGGUCCAUGUACCUUCCAUCAGCACCGGACAGGGAGAUUCGCAUCGUGAGCACGGCUCAGCCAAACUAUGCCUACGCCGUGUACGCCCAGAGGGUCAAUAGUAAAGAGAUCUAUGUGGAGAGGAUGAGCGGUGACUCGGCUGUGCUUCACAUCACCAAAGUGCAGGCCAAGGACCAGGGUCUGUUUGAGUGUUACACACCCAAUACAGACGGGCGGUACCUGGGAUCCUACAGCGCACGCACCAACCUCACUGUCAUUGCUGAUUCAUUGACGGUAGUAGCUCCAGCCCAGACUCUGUCCAAGGUUGAAGGCGACACACUACAACUUACCUGCGAGGUGUCUCGGACCACACUGCAGCACACUCACUUAUCAGUGGGUUGGUACCUGCGGUCCCCAGAGGAUGCGGCCGCACCCCCUCAGGAGCUGGUCACCUUGUCAAGGGACUUUGUUCUGCGCUCUGGGGGACUGUACCGGCAGAGGAUGGCGGCAGGGGACCUCAGGCUGGAUAAAACCAGCGCUACGUCCUACAGGCUGACCAUUCAUAAGUUGCAGCCGGUGGACCAGGGCCUGCUUUACUGCCAGGCUGCUGAGUGGAUUCAAGACACGGACGAAAGCUGGUUUGCCAUGACCCGCAAGCAGAGCGACAAGACUCAGCUCCGCAUUCAGCCCACUGAUCGUGACUUCAGCAUCCAGGUGAGCACGGAGCGACGGUCCUUCACGGCCGGUGAGCCGCUGGAGCUUCGCUGCACCAUUGAGGCCCAGAAUGUCCCAGAGCGCUUCUUCUCGGUGUCGUGGGUCUUCAGCAGCUCACCGGUGGCCGUGGUGGGCCCCAGUGCCGUGCCUGUCCUGGGCCCCGAUUAUGUCGACCGUGAGGCGGCUGGCCACAUGACAGUACGUAAAGAGAGCGCCAACGUGCACCUUCUCAAACUGCAGCACCUACACCCCGAAGAUGCUGGGAAAUACAUCUGUCGCGUGACAGAGCGGGAGAAGACGCCCACGGGAGACUUCAUCGACCGCAGCAAGAGGUCCCGCAAUGUCCAGAUCACAGUCCAGCCGCUCAAGAGCAACAUCACAGUGUUAUUGUUUAGCAACUCGUCGGAGGUCCUAGAGGGCGAUGUUAUCCAGUUGAUCUGCUCGAUCCACUCCACUACUGGCCCCCUGUCUGUUGUCUGGCAGUGGACAGACAAGCAGGCGACUGGACCAGCCCUGGAGGUGGCCUCCGUCGAUCGGGAGGGCACUGUAUGGCACAGCCCCUCUUACAGAGAGCGCUCCAGCUACGGGGAGAUACGUGUGGAGAAAGUGCGAGCCGACACAUUCUCUCUGUCCCUGUAUAAUGCCUUACCUGGGGAUGAGGGCCAGUACCGCUGCACAGCCACUGAGUGGCUUCAGACCGGCACUGAACCAGAGCUAAACUGGGAGAAGAUAGGAGAGAAGUCAACCAGCAAGACAGUCACCGUCAAGACUGUUGAGUCCUCCUUCAUGGUGUCGGCCUCAUCACGGACACCAUCUGUUACCUUUGGAGACUCCUUUGACCUCCUGUGCCUGGUCAAGCCUCGUCACAACCCUCGUGUCCCAACCUCCGUGACCUGGCGCUUCAUGCCGGCUGGCCCAGAAUCUGGCGACCAGGAUCAGGGAGAGUUCAAAGACCUGGUGACUUUCACCCGCGAGGGCACGCUGCAGUGGGGGGAGCAGCUGCUAGGGCUGGGUACCCGCACCACAGUGGACCGCUCACACUCCAACACCAACUUCCGGUUGUCGGUGACCAGGGCUGGGCGUCGCGAAGCGGGCAAGUACCAGUGUACAGCCGUCCUGUGGAGGAGGAACUACGACAACAGCUGGAGCAGAGUAGCCAACCGCACUUCCAACCUGCUUGGCAUCAGUGUCCUACAGCCAGAGAGCAAGCUGCGAGUGCAAAAGACCAACCAGUCUCAGGUGUACCUGGAGGACAGUCGCGUCAGGAUCAAUUGCUCCAUUAGCUCCCAGACCAGCCAGGACUCGCAGCAUGCUGUGUUGUGGUACGUGAGGCGUGCGACCGGGUCAGAAGCCGAUGAGCUCCUUCUGCGAAUUGAACGCUCGGGGGCCUUUGAGUAUGGCGCCUACGCAGACGAAGAGAGACUGCGACGCCGAGUGCAGGCUGAGAGGCUGUCCCCCCGCCUCUAUGUGCUGACGCUGAACAGGGCAGAGAACAGCGAUUCUGGGACAUACUACUGCCUGGUGGAAGAGUGGCUGAGUGACCCAGAUGGAGCCUGGUAUCGUCUCUCCAGGGAGUCCUCGGGGUUCACACAGGUUCUGGUCAGACAGCCAGAGAUUCGACUGCAGGUGGAGGAAUUGGAGUCAAACGUGACAGUGGAAGAGUCUGCCUCUAUCCGACUGGGCUGUAGCAUUCCCUCCCAGUCGUCCCGAGACUCCCGCUUCUCUGUGUCCUGGUAUGUGGAGCGCUCCGAAGACGAGGACGAUGAGCCAGGUGAGGAAGAGAGAGAGUGUGUGUUCUCCAUCGGCCAUGACGCCGUUUUCGGAAAUGGAAACUGCAGCCCCAAAGAAGAGCCGGGGCCAAAUUCCCGCCUGCAGUUUGAGAGGAUGACCUCUGACCAGUACAGCCUGACCAUUCAAGGAGCGCGGCCGACAGACGCGGGCCGAUAUUACUGCCAUGUAGAGGAGUGGCUGCUCAACCCUCGCAAUGCGUGGUACCGCCUGGCCACCAACAACUCUGGCUUCACUAUCGUCAAUGUAAUGCAACAAGUGUCCAACCUCCAGUCAGUGGUGUGCUCCAAUGAAUCCCUUUUCUACUUCGUCUUCUUUUAUCCCUUCCCCAUCUUCGGCAUCCUCCUCAUCGCCGUACUGCUAGUGCGCUACAAGAGCCGCAACAACAGCAAGAGUCAAGAAGGCAAGAAUGGCGCCCCCCUCCUGUGGAUUAAAGAACCUCACCUCAGUUACUCUCCCACCUGUCUGGACCCACCUGCGCUCAGCCUGCACCCUGGCUCUGUUGACUAAGUGAGGGUCCUUCCCUCUGCCCCGCGCACAUCGUGGAUCCAGCCAACAAAAUGCCAAGGAGCAGAUCUGGACUCCACCUUCAGACCUUACUGUCGUUCACUGCUGUGUUGAAUUAGUCAAUCAGUUGAUCACUUUAACAACUACCCUGGUGGCUGCCUGUUAUACGUUAACAACUGUGUGUGUGUGUGUGUGUGUGUGUGUGUGUGUGUGUGUGUGUGUGUGUGUGUGUGU